AUGAACCACUUUAUUCUACUUUUCCCAUUGUUCUUGGCUCCAGCAUUUGCUGACAAAGAAAGUCAGAAAACAAACCAAAACUUUUCUUCGAACAAUGUCAGUCAUAAACGACUGAAGAGAGCCUGGAUAUGGAACCAAAUGUAUAUCCAAGAAGAGAUUGAUGCGCCGUUACCACACCAUGUUGGCAAGAUUGCAUCGAGUAUAAGGAAUAAGUACGCUAAGUACAUUAUUGAAGGUGAAUAUGCCAACACCAUUUUUAAAGUGGAAGAAACCAAUGGUGAUGUAUAUGCAUUUGAGAGGCUAGACAGAGAAAAGAAAGCAGAGUAUGAGCUGACAGCUCUCAUUGUUGACAGAAGAAACAACCAGUCACUGGAACCCCCAGCUAAAUUCAUCAUCAAGGUUCAUGAUAUUAAUGACAAUGCCCCUGUGUUUGUACAAAAAGUAUUCAAUGGAUCUGUCCCAGAAAUGUCACCAGUAGGAACCUCGGUCACCAAAGUGACAGCUGUAGAUGCUGACGACCCAACAGUUACAGGUCAUGCCACAGUUACCUACCAAGUCAUCAAAGGAGACGGAUACUUCACAGUUGAUGACUCUGGUGUGAUUUCUACAACAAGGGCUGAUUUAGACAGAGAGAAUCAAUCAACAUAUGAAAUUAUUGUUAAAGCAAAAGAUGCUCCAGGAUCUUCCGGGGAUUCAAGCACAGCUACAGUCAUUAUCACUUUAACCGACAUCAAUGACAACUUCCCAGUAUUCAAACACCCAUCGUUUACCUUUACCGUUCCUGAAAACAUUUCAGUAGGAGGAGAAGUUGGCAGAGUCAAAGUAGAAGAUGUUGAUGAACCACAACACAGAAAUACAAAAUACAGUUUUGUCAGAGGAGAUUACAGAGACACCUUUGAAAUUGUAGCAAAUCCAUUCACAAAUGAAGGAAUUAUUAGGCCAAAGAAGCCCUUGGACUUCGAAAAAGUAGCAGAAUAUAGGUUUGACAUUGAAGCAACAGAUCCCACAGUUGAUCUUCGCUAUUUUAAAGCCGGUGGCUCUCGGAGCAUUUCAACAGUCACCAUUCAAGUCACUGACGUUGAUGAGCCUCCUGUCUUCACUAAACUACCAUACGAAUUUAAAGUAAGAGAAAAUGAUCCAGAAAUAAGAACACUUGGUUCAGUUUGGGCACAUGACCCUGACGCAGCUAAACGGAAAAUCAG